UGCAUCUGAAGAAGCAGAAGGGGCCGCUGUCGGUUUCGGUCUCUUGGUCCCUGGACUGCGAAGGACUCCUUUCAGUGGCUUCCUCUGAAGCUCCCAAAACGGCCUAAGGCGGAACCUUCAUCUCGCUUGCCAGUUUCCGGGGGUAAGAACAGCCGACGGACCGCUUCCGGCUGCCGCGAAGAGCAGCGAGGCAAAGUCGGGCUUCCAUCUCUUCGCCCCGCUCGACGGCUGGCCGCGGUUGCUCCUGGUCAUGGGCGCCAAGCGGAAAAGCCCGGCUUCGGCCAAGCGGCAGGAGAAGGAGAAGCCGUCGCCGCCUAAGCGGGCCCGCAGCAGCGAGGCCGCGGAACUCACCGGGACCCAGUUCAAGUCCACGUUGCGCGACCCCAGCGCCGCCAUGAAGGGUUUGGAAACAUUCAUAUCAAGAGCGAAAUCAUUACCAUCAGCAGAACAGUAUGAUGUUGUAGAGGGAUACAUAAAAGUUUCAGUUGAGUGUGCAGAAAUUUUAAAACUUCUGGAUGGUGAAAGGCGGGCUGAAAGUGAGAUGCUGCUAAUCUUUCAAGCUCUAGAAAGCAUUUUGCUGCGAACAGCGAGUGAUUUGUCCCACUUCAGUGUGGUGGGGAUGAACAUAGUAAAGAAGCUGAUCAAUAGCUACAUGAGAUUGAUCUAUGCUGCUCUGUAUUCUGAGAGUCACAGACUGUCUCGCCAGUGCCUCAUCUUGCUGUCUGCAAUGGUGUCACAGGGGCCAGAUGCUGCAAGGGAUGUCUACAGCCACUUUGAUUUCAAUAAUAAGUUCCUUCCUAGUUUAGUGAAGAGGAGAGAUUAUAAGGGCAAGCCUGAUGUUCGUAUGGCAUAUAUCCAGUAUGCUGUUUCUUUUUUAAUUGCUGGUGACAACACAAUCCUUGUCCACAUUCUGGAGUUAAAAGAUUUCAUCCCAGAUAUUUUCCGAACUGGUUUGAAGGAAGAUAGAAUUUCUUCAGUUAGCCUUCUACUUUCCACACUGGCAACUAAGGUGGUUCACAAUAAAAAUCUUAGCAAGACCCAGAAAGUGCGUUUUUUUACUGUAGAGGUAUUGAACCACAUUGCCUCACUCUACCGCUGGAAUGGAAUUAUUGACGUCAGCACAGAAGAUGUCUCGGCUACUCAGGAUCCUGACGAGGCAGGAAAGAUCCUAGUGAGGAAACUUGUCCAUGAUUUUUUACUGGAUCUCUGCUGUUCUCUGAAACAUGGCAUUAACUUUUAUGAUCCGAGCCUUGGCACAUCAGGAAGAGGAGGGAAUUUGGUUCUUCUGCGCUUUCUCGUGAAUCUAAAGACUGCUGCAGAAGAUGAGAUGGUUGCUGAUCUUGCGGUGAACAUAUUCAAAGUGUGCCCAGAUUUACUGAACAGAUACUUUAAGGAGUCCCAGUAUUCUUUUGUUCCCAGGCUAAAAUCAGCUUGGCUAGACAAUAUGAAAUUGCUGAGGAAGAUCUAUGAGGCUCAACCAGAGAUUUCUACUGCUUUUAGAACAAGAGAGUUUGUUCCUUUUCCAAGAUUGCUUUCAAUGGUGAUGGUAACAACCAUUCCAGCCGUCUGCAACAAAGUCAUGUUUACCCAAGGAUUAAAUAUAGCCAAUAAAACAGUAAAGCAUACAAUCUUCUCGCUUAUAUCAACUGUUUUGAAAAGAGCACUGAAAAACAUUGAGCACUGUCUAAACGAGACGUUAUGGGAGAAGUCCGAAAUUUAUACACCAUCUAUGAUGCAAGAAUUCGUCCAGCAAUACAGAGAAGCAGUUGGCAAGCUCUUGCCAGAUAUGACUACGAUAGUAGCAGUCUGGCAGUCGCUUCUAAAGCAGGAGAAGGGACAAGAUGGACAGAAAGGGAGUGGUGAAGAUGCUUCUUCUGUUGCGGAGGAAAUAACAGCAGGCAAAGAAACAAAUGGAGAGCAUGGCUCAGAUGAUGCAGAGACCACUCUCUUGAAAGCUGUCUUACUCCACGUGAUCUGCCUUUAUCAGCAAGCUGUUCCCCAUUUAGUAGCACAGAGCAACUUUGACUUUAGCAAAUUAAUAAAAGGCAUUAUUACUGAAAAAGGGCUGCGACAGGAGAUCCCUCCUGUUCUACAAUAUCACAUUAUCAAGGUGGCUCUAGAAUUGCCUGCAAACAAGUUUUCCUGGUUCAAAAUACAGGAUGAAGCCGAGAAAGUCUGUGGCGAAAGAUCAGUAUUUUAUUUGCUGAUGAAAAUGUUCGUAACAAGCAAUCAUUUGCACCUCAAAACCUCAACAAAGAAAUUGAUUAUUAAGGUUCUGCACGACAGUGGAGUAUUUGAGUAUACCUGGAAGGAACUUGAACUGUGGCUUGAACACUUGGAUAACACAGCAGAAGGCAAAAAGGAAGCAGUGAUUCAGUUUUUGGAAAGGAUCUUGGUGAAACUGGUGACCAACCCCUAUCCAUACACAGAUAAAGCAGCAGACCUUGUCCAGGAAGCCAGCAUUCUCCAGGUCAACUUGUUUAAGCAAGAUGUUGAUAAUGCCAGCAUACCCAUCUCUCACAUUGACGAUGUUCUGGAUAUGAUUGAUGUCAUUGUGGAAGGCAAUGAAGGCCUAAAUGAAGAAAUUGGAUCUACUUUAAAUGAAGACAUGAUUGUCAGCACUUUCCCAUUUAGUGCUGUCGUUCCUGCUGCUUUAGAAGCCAGGAACAAGCUGCUUCUCGAGGCUGAUGGGAAUGCAAGAGGAGAAAGCAUAGUGGAGUAUCUCAUCACUGUUUUCACUGACCUCCUGCAUUCUCAGAGAGACCCCUUAGCCCUUUGUUUGCUGUUUCAGCUCUAUGAUAAAGAACUCCAGACUGUCUCUCCUCAACUCUGUCAAUUCAACCACUACUACAGUCUUUGGAUACCAGAGCAAGCUAAGGAAACUGUGCAAGGCAGAAGUGAGUAUGUAGACGAUUGCCUCUUGACGGAUUCCUCCUUUUCCUCCCUGCUGAAGAAUGCCUAUCAGAAAGGUGUUGCAAUUCUGUUGGAAGAGGGUUUUGAAGAGAAACUAAGGGAGGCUAUUUCCCAACUCCAGCCUCAGCAGUUCCUGUUAGCUUCAAAGCACGUCCUUCUUUGCCUAAAAACAACCGUGGAGAAUUUCAACAGUUUUGGCAAAAAUUUGGGUCUCUCGCUUCUCACCCUGUUUGUGGAUCUGCUGAAGAGCUUGUUGCACAGGGGGGACGCCAAAGAACUGUGUAGUCAGCAGAAAGAGAAAAAUACACAAACCGAAUCUGAUCUCUUUGUGGAUGCGGAGUGUCUGAUGGCAGCAGAGACUGGAAACGACAAGAUACUGGAAGAAGUGCUCCCUUUGGUCUUCAAGCACCCCACGCUGGAGAAUUGGUUCCUGGCUGUAGAGCAACGUUCUCUCCCUCCCCAUAGUUUAAGCCCAGUUAAAGUGAAGCUGCUUGCUGCUCACCUAAACCGUGGCAUUCUUGAGUUGCUGAAGGUGGGCUGCCCAAUGUUGCAAGCCAGGAACCAGCUAGAUACGCUCUCUAGAUAUUUCGAAGCCGUCACUAAAACUGUCUUGGAAGAACUGCAUGCUGGGAGAAAAGAUGCCUGCAAGUUACAUCCCAAAAGGUCACAGCAGGUGGAGGCACUGCAAGAACUGCAACUGUACAUGAAUACCCAACAACUGAAGGAAGUCACUUUGGCUAUGCUGCAGCUUCCCAAGGCGAUGCUGGCCUCCAAGACAGCUGAAGGCAUUUCUGGAAAAGAAACGUACUUGAGCACUUACGGGGAGACUUUGGUGCAGCUGCUCACAGACAGCUACCAAAGGGGAUCCCUGAAGGGAGACCUCUUCCUCUCAAGAGAGCACAUUCAAGGGAUGGGGACUCUCUUGUCCACAGCAGCCACAGAAGAGUUGGAAAAGGUCUUCCUGCAUGCGAUACAGAAGGAGCCUGUCUUUGCCCAGGCAGUUGGCGUGAAUGUGCAGCUUUCCUGCCUUAAGCAUUCAACGAAAACGUCCCUUUCCAUUGUGGCUGUGCUGAUUCGAUACAGUCAGACUCACUUGCUGCAGUUUGAGCUUUGGUGUCUGAAGCAGGGCACUGGCAAGCUUCUGAGAAAAGAUGUGGACCUCUUUCUGCCACUUGUCAAUGCAUACUUGGACUGUCGAGAGCAGCACACUUUGAGCCACCUGUCAGAAGUCUCUUCAGCUGUUACUUCCAUCUUGAGAGAAACUUUGUGGCCACAACUGCUGGGCAUUCUUCCGAAUAGUGGUUCAUCACAGCCGUUCGCUGAGCAGUGUCAAGUUCUUUCCAAGUUACUGCCGCCUCCAGAAACCGAGCUAUUUGCUAAUUUAACAGAGAAAUUACUUUUAUCUCUUGAGACAGCGGGAAAUCAUGAACACUGGGUGAUUGCUGACGCUAUAUCCAGAGCCCUGGAGAGCUCUGCAGAGAAGUUGCAUUCGUGGAGGAAACGCCUGCUAGUUGCCUGCAUGAAGUGGUUGAUCCUCACGUACAGCAGUAACAGAGAACAAGAAACCCGCUCGGAAAUUGAGAGUGCCGUGCUGUUGAGGCUAGAGAGACUACUGAACUCAGUAACUGAGGUGGCUCCAGAAGACUGGCACAGUUUUGUGAAGAUGGGACUCAAGUACCGUUAUAAAGACCAGGGCUUCCUGAAAACUCUGAAUGCAGCUAUCAAUUUGCUGUACCAGAAAGGAAUCCCUGCUGCUCAGAGAUUAGUGAAGUUGUCGGUGCUUUAUAUGAUGAUCACGCAGCACUCCUUAUUUUUGUCAAUUAUGCUGAGGUCGCAAGAAGGUGAUGACACAAACAUUCAUGAAAGAGAGGCAUUAGUGGAUAUCCUGUUGACUCUAGUGAAACUCUGCCCUGCAGUUUGUGAGAGCAACCAUUUUGCUGUGUUGCUUGGAGCCUAUGGUGCAACACUGAGCAUUACAGACCAGAAGAUAUUGCAGCUGCUUAAAUUGUAUGAAAAGAAUGGUCUAAGCCUUGUAAACUUCAGAAUUCUGCUUUGGGGUCCAGCUGCCGUGGAGCACCAUAAAACAUGCAAGAGCCUGGGAAGGUCCCUGUGGCAGCAGCCAAGCAUGGAAGAAAUUCUAUGUCUGCUGGACCGAGAAAUGAUGAUGAGGACCAUUCUCCAUUUCCCACAGCAUCAGCAUCUCCUGUCCACAGAGGAUGAACAGAUGCUCCUAACCAAAGGCAAAAGCGAAGUGGCUCUUCAAGAUCUCUAUGACCCCUGUUUUCUCCUUCAUCUCUUCAGUGAAUUGUUGAGACCAGAAUGUGUUGUAGCAUAUCAUAAGUUUGUUGACAUCAAUGCCUUGGGUCUGGCAGUAGCAGCCCUUAGCAGCUAUGACAGUAACAUGCGAGCAGCAGCAUACUAUGUCCUGAGCUCUUUCCGCUCUCACCUGGAAGGGGCUCGGUUUAGAGAACAGAAGCAGUUGGUUUACCUUAUGAAUGUUGUGCAGAAUGGAAUCAGACAACCAAAUCUCAGAUUUACUUUCCCUUUGGCACUGUAUGUUUCGAGAGUGGCCCACCAAAUGCUAAAGCCAGAGGAGCAUAUGUACACAAAGCUGAACAAGUUCCUUCUAUCUCAUCAGUAUUUGGAUUUGAAGAAGGUGCCUGGAUUUUUUCAGCUUUUCUACAGUUUUGAUUCAGAGCACAGAAUGGAGCGUGAAUGGAUUCUUGCAAUUAUUGGGGAAGGACUCAAAGACAAACACUGCUAUGAACUAUAUGAUUAUCAGAGAAUUUUCCAUGUCAUUCUGUCUUUCUUCCAUAGUCCACUGUGUGAUGAAUCCUCCCAGCAUCAGAUUCUGGAAAUACUUCAAAAUGCUGCAUACAUCACCAAAGCUGCCUAUCAGCUAAUAAGAGAUCACAGCCUAUUAACUUGGAUAAUAUCUGUACUAGAUAAAAGGUUUCUAGAAUCCAAGAUGCUAAGCAGUGUCAUCUCUUUAGUCCAUACUCUUUGGGUAACCAAUUUAGGAGAUAAACAAAAGUCACUUGGAACACCUGAUACGAAGGAGCUACUAGAGAAUCAGAGAUUCCUUCCUCUCCAGCUUGUCAGUGAAUUUCUUCACAUUUUAUUAAUGCUUCUUAAACACAUUAGGACCAACUUGGAUUCUGCCAUAUUGAUUCAGUUUUUCAGCACGUUGAGUUCUGUAUUGGAAUACCGCCUUGUGGUUUUUGAGGCCUUCAGACAAAUGGGAAGAUUCACUGUGAAUGAGCAUGUCCUUUCCAACAAAGAUGUUCUGCUUCUCUUGCACAAGUGGAGCAUAAUUGGCAAAGAUGUGGAACUUCAAGAUGUUCUUCAGAUAUUUGCUCAACAGUACCAAACAAAAGAAUUGCUUAAAAACAUUAAAGACAAAAACAAAGCACAAGCACCUUUUCGAACAUCAUCCCGACUUGUUCGGAAGAAGAAUGAAAUUGAAAUAGAAGCAGAAGCAGCACCUGAGUGGGAUGAGAAAUAUUUAGAAGAAUGCAGAUCUAUCCUGAUAUCUGUGCUUCUCCACUGGGAACCUGUAUUCCUGGAUAUGCCAGCAAAGCAUUCAAAAGAGCACAAUGGAGAUGACAAUCCUGGUCUUACGUGUAAGAUUGCUUACUUAGUAUUCAGAUGGCUAGUGAAGUCUCUUCUCGACAGCAGCUUCAACGUGGAAAAUGUACUUUUGACUUUCAAGUGGUUUGAAAAGAGUGCUUUGCAAAACAGCACUGUGGUAAAUGAGAUUCUUAAAGAUGCAACUCUCAAAAGUGGUAUAUUUAAGCUUUACAGUACCGUCUACAAUGCCUGUGAAGAGAAGGCCAUGGAACUGAGUGAUCUCUCUUUGCUUAAUGGAAUCAUGCUGCACCUACUAGAUUCCCAGAACCUGACCAAAAAUGCUUUUCAUGAGACUGUGGAAAGGUUCUGCCUCUCGGCAGUAACAGAGGAAGAAAGAACAAAGAAAGGUGCAAGCAUAUUCCUCACUUCUGUUUACAUUGGAGAUCUUUGGCUGGGAGCAAAGCCACCAGACACAUUUAUAUCCCAUGUUAAACUGAUACAUGAAGCAGCAAAUGGUAAACAAAAGAAUGAUGAUCAAACAACAUGGGAACCUGAAGAAGCUAUAGCUUCUCUCGGCAAAGACAUUUACCCAUUCUUAAUUCAUCACCCUGUCUUUCAAUCUUAA